CCGGGAGGAUGGUGUCCCAGCUGAGCGCCCUGCAACGGGAGCUGCUGGGCGCCCUGCUCAGCUCCGGGGCCACCAAGGAGGGGCUGAUCCGCGCCCUGGAGGACAUGGUGCCCGCCGCCGGCUUCGGCGUCAAGCUGGAGAACCUGCCGCUGUCUCCCGGCGGGCCCCCCGACGGCAGGGCCGCCCUCCCGCCGCUGGCCAACGGGCACGGCAAGGGCAAGCUCUCGGGCGACGAGGGCUCCGAGGACGGCGACGACUUCGACACGCCGCCGAUCCUCCGCGAGCUGCAGUCGCUCAACACGGAGGAGGCCGUGGAGCUGCGCUCGGAGGUGGACAGGAUGAUCAGCGAGGACCCGUGGCGGGCGGCGAAGAUGAUCAAGGGGUACAUGCAGCAGCACAACAUCCCGCAGAGGGAGGUGGUGGAUGUCACCGGCCUCAACCAGUCACACCUCUCCCAGCACCUCAACAAGGGCACCCCCAUGAAGACUCAGAAAAGAGCUGCCCUGUACACGUGGUACGUCCGCAAGCAGCGGGAGAUCCUCCGGCAGUUCAACCAGGCAGUCCAGGGUUGUGGAAAUAUGACAGACAAAGGCAGUCAGGAUCAGCUGCUGUUUCUCUUUCCAGAGUUCAAUCAGCAGAACCAGGGGGCUGCCCAGCUCGACGACGCCUGCUCCGAAACCCCCAGCAAGAAGAUGCGCCGCAAUCGCUUCAAGUGGGGGCCAGCCUCCCAGCAAAUCUUGUACCAAGCCUACGAGCGCCAAAAGAACCCCAGCAAGGAGGAGCGGGAGACUCUGGUGGAGGAGUGCAACAGGGCCGAGUGUCUGCAGCGAGGAGUGUCCCCCUCCAAGGCUCACGGGCUCGGCUCCAACCUGGUGACAGAGGUCCGUGUCUACAACUGGUUUGCCAACCGGCGGAAGGAGGAGGCUUUCCGACAGAAGCUGGCCAUGGACGCCUACAGCUCGGGCCAGCCCCCACACAGCAUGAACCUGCUGCUGUCCCACGGCUCCCCCCACCACAACCAGCCCAGCGCUUCCCCUCCCAGCAAAAUGCCAGGGGUGCGGUACAGCCAGGCGGCGAGCGGCGAGGCGGCGUCCUCGGGGGCCAUCAGCCACCACGGCAGCGGUGCCAUGGUCACCACCAGCCAGGCGGUCCUGCAGCAGGUCUCCCCGGCCGGCUUGGACCCGGGCCACGGUUUGCUCUCGCCCGACGGCAAAAUGAUCUCCGUUUCGGGGGGUGGGCUGCCCCCGGUGAGCACCCUGACCAACAUCCACAGCCUGUCCCACCACAACCCACAGCAGUCCCAGAACCUCAUCAUGACGCCGCUCUCGGGAGUCAUGGCCAUCGCACAGAGCCUGAACACCUCGCAGGGGCAGAGUGUGCCCGUGAUCAACAGCGUUGCUGGCAGCCUGGCAGCCCUGCAGCCCGUGCAGUUCUCCCAGCAGCUCCACAGCCCCCACCAGCAGCCGCUGAUGCAGCAGUCCCCCGGCCACAUGACACAGCAGCCGUUCAUGGCCACCGUGACCCAGCUGCAGAACUCUCACAUGUAUGCACACAAACAGGAGCCUCCCCAGUAUUCCCACACCUCCCGCUUCCCCUCGGCGAUGGUGGUGACAGAUACCAGCAGCAUCAGCACACUCACCAACAUGUCUUCCAGUAAGCAGUGUCCCCUGCAAGCCUGGUGAUGCUCCACACCUCGCUGCUUUUGCACAUAGCAACGGGAUCUUAUUUUCCACAACAUCCCGGCGGUGAGCCGCGCACCGAGCCCGGGGAGCCGCCCGCCAGAGCACAGCCCAGCGCCGCAGCGAGGAGCCCGACAGCCCGACCCGGAGCCGGGAGCAGCCCAGACCCAGCCUCUCCUUCCCUCCACGCAGUAUUUCCAAGACAUGUCUUGGGGGUUUUUUUAUUCUUAAGUAUUCACCUAACAAGAGGCCGCUGGCUUUCCCGAGGGACCAGGCACGAGCUGUGCUGGGAACAGGCAGAAGGGGAAGAUGGAUCAUAUUGAAGUUGUUUGUACUCCUCCACCCGACGGACUGAGGGGGACUGGGGUCUGUUACUUGGCGUUUGGAGGGAGGAGUUGCAUGUGCUGUUGAACUGAGCCAAUUGAACUGUAAAUAGAGGUACAGUCUGCUCCAUCCUCCCCCCUCCCCACUCCUAUACACAGAGAUUUAUAUAAAAAAGAAGUAAAUUUUGUCCAAUGGAUGUAAA